AUGACGGAGACUGGCAAAAAUCCGAUGGAAGGAAUCAUCAAGAAGUUGAACCCUGAGGAGAUCUCAACACUGAUACAACUGAUGAGGUUGUCGGCGGGAGAGAGCUCGACAAAGCCACAACCCAAGAAGGUGGAGCUUCCACCUAUUAAUGUAAAACUUGAUGGACCCGCGACAUAUCUGAGUUGGUCGCGCCGGGUGAAAUAUACCCUUACUAGGAGGAGCCUAGAGGGAUACCUGACAGGGGAGAAGACUAAGCCGGCUGAGGACUCAGCAGGGAGAGAUGAGUGGAAGUCCACUCAUAUGUUGGUGUACAUCUGGCUUCUGAAUUAUGUAGUCCAGCCAAUUGCUGCCACAGUGGAUGGCCUUGGGAGAGUGCAUGAUGUCUGGGAGAAGCUGAGGAGGACCUGCGAUGGGGUGGGAAAUGACCUGAGGGUAUUCCAGAUCGAGAAGGAGAUCAACACUACAGUCCAGGGAGAGAGGACUGUACAGGAGUAUGCCAUAGAGCUGGAGCGCUUGUGGCUCGAUCACGAUCACUUCUCACCCCUGGCAAGCUGCAAGGACCCGGAGUGCAAGGAACGCGAGGCCUCUCUGCAGAAGAGGACUAUGUUGUUUCUUCGAGGCUUGGCUCCAGCGUAUGAGCAGAGAACGGCAUUGCUACUAACCCAGACGAAGAUCCCAUCACUGGAGGAGGCAGUCUCGGCCAUGAUAUAG